GGGCCGCGUGUCCGCCGUCGGCCACCGUUCCCCGGCGCGGUGGCCGCUUCCGGGUCUUCGCGACGCCGUCCGGGCGCCCCGAGAGCUUCCCUCCGGUCUUCUCUUCCUCCCGACGUCUCCUCCGCUCGUUUUUUGUAGGUACCAAAAAUGUCAUCUGAAAUGUUGCCAGCAUUUAUCGAGACUGCUGACAUUCAAAGAAAGGAAGAUUUAAGUGAAUAUCCUGAGGAAAACCAGAAGCCAAAAUUAGACAAAGGGCUAGAACCGAUAUCGAAAAGGCAAAUGAAGAAACUAAUGAAACAGAAACAGUGGGAAGAACAACGAGAGCUUCGCAAACAAAAGCGGAAAGAAAAACGCAAGAGAAAGAAAUUAGAGCGACAGUGUCAACUCGAAUUAAACUGCGAUGGAAGUGACAGAAAACGUAUUCGAAAAGAUGCUGCUCGCAGCACUCUCCGUCUAAUCAUUGACUGCAGUUUUGACAACUUGAUGGUAUUGAAGGACAUUAAGAAACUCCAUAAGCAGAUUCAACGAUGUUACGCAGAAAACCGUCGAGUGUCACGUCCUGUGCAGUUUUACUUGACAAGUCAUGGAGGUCAAUUGAAAAAGAACAUGGAUGAAAAUGACAAAGGAUGGGUCAACUGGAAGGAUAUCUACAUCUACUCAACACACUAUAGUGAAUUCAUAAAGAAGGAAGAUCUGAUUUACCUUACCUCAGACUCACCUAAUAUACUUCAGGAACUAGAUGAGUCAAAGGCCUAUGUGAUUGGAGGACUGGUAGAUCACAACCAUCACAAGGGAAUCACAUAUAAACAAGCGUCAGAUAAUGGAAUUAACCAUGCACAACUCCCCCUCGGACAUUUUCUGAAGAUGAAUAGUAGAAAAGUUUUAGCAAUUAAUCAUGUGUUUGAGAUUAUUCUGGAAUACCUGAAAACAAGAGACUGGCAAGAAGCAUUUUUCACUAUCUUACCUCAGCGAAAAGGAGCUGUUCCUGCAGACACAGCCUGUGGAAAUGCUUCUAAUAACAAGAAAUCUGUGAGUGUCAAGUGUGGAUUGUACAGUGAUUCGAGUGAAGAGGAAACUAGUAGAAAUGAACAAGACCUAGCUCAUGAAGAGGAGAAGCAGAAGGAAAAAAAUGGCAUUGAACCUGCAGCAGGCUCUGCCCUAUACUGAUGUCCUCUGGCUUUUUACUGUU